AUGGCUUACAAUCUUCAACCACUCAUCACCAUUCUUGAAGGAAUUCUUGAUCCUCACCAAUCACGAUGGAUUGUUGAUGAAAACAACCCUCAACUACAAUCCCUUCUCGACAAAGCUACUUCUCUUCAGCACCUCCUUAAUAAUUUACUUUAUCCAAACCGUCUGACGAAAGUAACACGAAAUCUUGGUUAUGUUAUGGAGCAAGCAGAGAAGCUCAUCAUGGAGAUGGAGGAUAAGAUGAUGCCGCGAGAGCUUCAUUCUGCUAUGGAACAACUGAAGCUCGUGGAUAAGAAGAUGCCAUCUAGCAGUUCAUCGAGUUCCAAGGGUGCUGUGGGAAUUGAUGAAGCUCAAGGAUCGGCUGAUCGGUCAGCAGCAGAAGAAGCUGGAGAUUGUCCCCAUCGUUGCCUUCUUCGAUGCAUAACUGGAAAUGAAUGUGAUCAACAUAUUGAUGAGUUAAAAGUUAUGUUGCAUAAGAGCUUGUAUGGUAGAAAGUACUUGAUUGUAUUAGAUGAUAUAUGGAGCACCAAAUUCUGGGAUGAGAUCAAGAUGUACUUCCCAGAUAACAACAAAGGGAGUUGCAUUGUGAUCACCACUAGGGAAUCUGAUGUGGCAAAAUAUGCAGACUCUUUGAGUCUGCAGCAUCACAAACUUGUGUUUGGAGAAGAGGAGUGCCCUCCUGAAUUACAAGAGAUUGGUCGAAAGAUCGCCAAGGAUUCCGAUGGGCUUCCUCUAGCCAUCAGUGUGAUUGGAGGGCUGCUAUCUAAGAUGGAAAGAUCAGAAGAUGUUUGGAGGAAAACUGGGGACAGUAAAGACUUCGAGAUUAGAGGCUCCAGACUCAUACUUUCGUGGGUUGCAGAAGGAUUUGUAAAAUCAAAUGGGGAAAGAAGUUUGGAGGAAGAGGCCGAGGAUUGGCUAAAGUCUCUAAUACAUAGAAAUCUAUUUCAAGUCAGAAAAUACAAAAGGGAUGGAAAACCAAAGAGUUACAGCAUGCAUGAUAUGUUGAGGGAUAUGUGCAUCAGGAAAUCUGCUGAAGACAAGUUUAUGAAUGGUCCCAACAAGUUCACAUUCUCGAAUUCACGCCGCAUGAGUUUUUACACAUCAGACAAAUUGGAAGAUGGAAAUGUUUCAACAGAGUCAAUGUCACUAACUCGAUCUGUUAUAUGGAUUGGUCAUGAGACUCAGUAUCGAUCUAGUGCAUUUUCCGCAGCAAGAUUGCUAAGGGUGUUAGACUUAAUGUAUAUGCAUUUCUCUAAUUUCCCAACAGAAAUAUUUGAACUUGUGAAUCUACCCUUCUUAGGUGUCAACUGCUAUAGUAUACCAAGAGGAAUAUCAAGAUUGUGGAAUUUGCAAACCUUGAUUGGUUAUUGCACGUUCGAUGAGCCAGCUGAGCUAUGGAAGCUCUCUGAGUUAAGAUAUCUCAAUGUGGAAGGAAUUGAGUUCUCAAAAGAUGUGGAAAUGAACUUUAGUGUUCUGAAGAGGAGCCAACAACUUGGGAUGCUGGAAGUGCUCACGAUAGAAAACUGCAGUUUUGAUGAGAUACGUGAUGAAGAGAAAGAGGCAACAAAGGGAGAUGAGUUUGAAAGCGAGUGGGACAUAUGGGAUGAGACAUGUGAUGAAGAGUGGGAGUUAGCAGAUGGAGAUGAGUUCCCCUCACUGCAGUUUCUAUAUCUUGAAGAUUUAAGGCUCGUGCGUUGGAUAGCCGAUGAGACCAACUUCCCUAAACUCCGCCACCUCCUUUAA